AAAAAGGGUUUACGAGGGUAAUAUCGUCGAUUCAAGAAAUCCUACUUGUAGCUGGAGAUCUCAAUUAUAAACUACAUUUCACUCUCCACGCGCUUUAACGCUCUCGAAGGAAUCGAAGAAACAACGAAUCACAGCGAUUUUUCUCGAGAAAAUCCAAACCUGAGAAAGAAAAAAAUGGCGGAUCAGCUAACCGACGACCAGAUCUCCGAGUUUAAGGAAGCAUUCAGCCUAUUCGACAAGGACGGAGAUGGCUGCAUCACCACGAAGGAGCUGGGGACCGUGAUGAGAUCACUAGGUCAGAACCCGACAGAAGCCGAACUCCAGGACAUGAUCAACGAGGUUGACGCAGACGGGAACGGAACAAUUGAUUUCCCAGAGUUCCUGAACCUAAUGGCGCGCAAGAUGAAAGACACUGAUUCAGAGGAAGAGCUUAAGGAAGCCUUCAGGGUUUUCGACAAGGACCAGAACGGUUUCAUCUCCGCAGCCGAGCUCCGCCACGUGAUGACAAAUCUUGGGGAGAAGUUGACGGAUGAGGAAGUUGAUGAGAUGAUCCGAGAGGCUGAUGUUGAUGGUGAUGGUCAGAUCAACUAUGAUGAGUUCGUCAAAGUUAUGAUGGCAAAGUGAGAUUCUUCUUAUCCCUAAUUCCAAGUCUGAUUUUCCUUUUCAUCUUUAAAACUGAGAAAGUACAGAUUUGCUUCCGUGUUUGUUUUGUUGAUCGUGACUUUUUUGGUUUGCUUUUGUUAUUGAUAACUUUGCUUCUCUAUUUGAUUUCUUUUUCGUCUUUGGAUAUGCUAUGUUCGUGAAGUUGAACUCAUAAUUUGCUUUAGUUUCUUGACAGAUUGA